CACCGCAUCAACUCAGCGCAACAGCUUCGCUCUUUGGGGAACAGGACAAAGGACAUUCAAAGAUGAAGCAGCGAUUCUCGUCCUUGGAUGUCAAGGUCAUCUCCCAGGAACUUGCAUCGGAGUUAGUCAACCUACGAGUUUCGAACAUCUACGACCUCUCCUCGCGAAUUUUCCUUUUCAAACUCGCCAAACCCGACCAUCGCAAACAGCUCGUUGUCGACUCCGGAUUCCGCUGCCAUGUCACCCAGUACUCCCGAGCGACUGCUACGACGCCCACUCCUUUCGUGACGCGCAUGCGCAAGUACCUCAAAUCGCGAAGAGUCACGUCUAUUGAGCAGAUUGGCACGGAUCGAAUCAUCGACUUCUCCUUCAGCGAUGGCAUGUACCACAUGUUCCUGGAGUUCUUUGCCGGCGGCAACAUCAUCAUCACGGACCGCGAAUACAAUAUCCUUGCGCUGUUCCGGCAAGUGCCAGCCGGCGAUGGACAAGAGGAGACCCGCGUCGGACUCAAAUACACGGUCACCAACAAGCAGAAUUAUCAUGGUGUCCCCGAUAUCACGCUAGAGAGGAUCAAGGAGACUGUGGAGAAGGCAAAGGCCCUGUUUGCACAAGAGGGCAGUGCGCCGAAGAAGAUCAAGAAGAAGAAUUUGGAUGUGUUGCGAAAGGCUUUGUCCCAGGGAUUUCCGGAAUACCCUCCCCUGUUGCUGGACCAUGCGUUCGCCGUGAAGGCGGUUGACCCCGCUACCCCGCUCGACGAGGUUCUUCAGGAUGAGGCUCUUCUGCAGAAGGUCAUGGAUGUUCUGGAGGAAGCAAGAGGCGAAACGGCUAAGUUGGCUACUGAGGAGAAUCAUCCGGGGUAUAUUGUUGCGAAGGAGGAUACCCGGCCAGUUGCGGAAUCGACGUCUCAGGAUGAGGGAUCCUCCAAGAAGGCGGCACUUCUAUAUGAGGACUUUCACCCUUUCAAGCCUCGGCAAUUUGAAGGGAAACCAGGUGUUACUAUCUUGGAGUUCCCUUCCUUCAAUGUUACAGUUGAUGAAUACUUUUCAUCGAUUGAAACGCAGAAAUUAGAGUCGCGGCUCACGGAGCGUGAAGAGGCCGCAAAGAAGAAGCUUGAUGCCGUCAGACAGGAGCAUGCCAAGCGCAUUGGCGCUCUGAAGGAGGUCCAGGAAUUGCAUAUUCGCAAGGCGGCUGCAAUUGAAGACAAUGUCUACCGGGUCCAAGAAGCGAUGGAUGCGGUCAAUGGCCUCAUUGCUCAGGGCAUGGACUGGGUUGAAAUCGCCCGCCUUAUUGAGAUGGAGCAGGGCAGAGGAAACCCAGUGGCGGGAAUUAUCAAACUACCAUUGAAGCUUCACGAGAACACGAUUACCUUGCUACUAGGAGAGGCGGGCGAAGAGCAGGAUGAAGGCGAGGAGCUGUUUUCGGGCUAUGAGUCUGGCUCAGAAGAUGAACAGGAGGCAGCUAGCAAGGACCAGCAACAGUCGAACAUGCUGACGAUCGAUAUUGAUCUCGGGCUUUCUCCUUGGGCUAACGCAACACAGUACUAUGAGCAAAAGAAGAUGGCUGCCGUGAAGGAGCAGAGGACAACGCAAUCGUCGACUAAGGCACUCAAGAGUCACGAGAAGAAAGUGACCGACGACUUGAAACGCAGCUUGAAGCAGGAGAAGCAAGUCCUUCGGCCUGCCAGGAAGCCUUUCUGGUUCGAGAAAUUCCUCUUCUUCAUCUCGUCGGAGGGAUAUUUGGUCUUGGGUGGCCGCGAUGCGAUGCAGAGUGAGAUGCUCUACCGCCGUUACCUCAAGAAAGGUGAUGUCUUUGUUCAUGCCGAUCUAGCAGGCGCGACGCCGAUGAUCGUGAAGAACAGAUCGAACUCGCCUAACGCACCUAUACCCCCAAGCACCCUCUCGCAAGCUGGUAAUCUCUGCGUUGCUACGUCCAGCGCCUGGGACUCCAAGGCAAUUAUGGCAGCAUUUUGGGUCAAUGCUAGCCAAGUCAGCAAGACUGCUGACGUGGGUGGCCUCCUCCCUACCGGCGAGUUCCUCAUCAAGGGCGAGAAGAACUUCUUGGCUCCUUCGCAGCUCGUCCUGGGAUUUGCGGUCUUGUUCCAGGUCAGCAAGGAGAGUCUCCGGAACCAUAAGAUGCAUCGAUUUGAUGAACCUGUGGCUACUGAUGUGCCCGUGGAAGAUCUCGAAGAGACAAAAGAAGUAGAGGAUAAACCCCCUGUCGAGCCAGAGGCGCAGAACGCUCAACCGGAUAAUGAAGAUGACGAAGAGAAGGAGGAAGAGGCUGGGGAGCCGGAUGGUAGCCCUGAAGACGAGAGCGUUCCCGCAUCACAGAACCAGGGCAUGCGGGAACUUUCAGCAAGAGAAAAACGGCUGGCUAGGAAAGAGGGCAACUCAGCGACUGCAACCAACGGAACGUCAGCCAAAUCAGCCAAUAACAAGCAGGCUCCUGCUCCAAGUCGGGGUAAAAAAGCCAAGGCAAAGAAAGCUGCGGCGAAGUACGCUGAUCAGGAUGAAGAAGACCGCGAACUGGCUCUUCGCCUACUAGGUGCCAAGAGCGCCAAAGCUGAAAAGGCUGCAGCAGAAGCUGAAGCCAAGGCCAAGCGUGAAAGGGAAGCAGAGGAAGCGAAGAAACGCCGCAGGGCACAGCACGAACGCGCCGCUGAAGCGGAGCGCAAACGGCAAGCUCUCUUUGAAGGCAGUGCCGAAGACUACGACGAAGAAACGGCUGCUACAGAGGCAGCGGACCUGGAGUGGAUCCCUGCACUGAUUGGCACUCCUCAUCCGGAAGAUGAGAUUCUCGCCGCCAUUCCUGUGUGUGCGCCCUGGGCGGCACUGGGUCGGUAUAAGUACCGGACCAAGCUGCAGCCCGGUACCGUGAAGAAGGGUAAGGCUGUCAAGGAGAUCAUCGGACGGUGGGUAGCCGAAACGACGACCGGAAAGGUCAAGAAGGAACACGCCGAGGACGCUGGCAUCGACCGAGCUACAGCUGAGAAGCUGCGUGCGCGGGAAGGAGACCUGAUCAAGGGUUGGAAAGACACUGAGGUCAUCAACAGCGUCCCCGUUGGCAAGGUGCGCAUCAUGACAGGGUCAGCAUCCAGCGGAGGCGACAAGGGCAAGGGUAAAGGGGGAGGCGGCGGACCUGAUAGCCCCCACCACCGCGAAAUUUGUUGCCUAUACCGCUUACUAUACGAAUCGUUCGCGUCCACCACAGCCACCAUGCCGUCCAAAGCUUCCACCCGCAUCGUGUCGGUCCGCCGACUCAACCAAGAAGGCCCCGGAGAUCGAUCCCUCGCGGAGUGGUGGGCCAACGAGCGCGACAAUAAUACCCCUGAAGCAGCCGCUAUCGAGGAAGCGGCGCAACUGCUACGCACCAGCGAUAUCCCGGUGGCUUUUCCUACAGAGACAGUAUAUGGACUGGGCGCAGACGCGACGCGGAGUAAUGCAGUGCAAGGGAUCUACAAGGCGAAGCAAAGGCCGUCCGACAACCCGUUAAUCAUACACGUCGACUCACUUGGUAUGCUGGAGCGAAUACUCAACCCCGAGCAUGAGAGCCCAACGCGCCUCACGACGACCGCGAAGAACGCCAUCCCCGCCAUCUACAACUCCGUCAUCUCUCGCUUCUGGCCCGGCCCUCUUACCAUCCUUCUCUCUAACCCCUCCGGCUCCCCCCUCGCGAGUGAAGUCACCUCCAAACUCACUACAUUUGGUGUGCGCAUGCCCUCGUCCCCGCUCGCGCGCUUGUUGAUCCAUGUGACGGAUCGGCCACUGGCGGCUCCCUCGGCCAACGCCUCGACCAAGCCCUCCCCGACGGCGGCAGAACACGUAUACCAUGACCUGGAGGGUCGCAUUGAGCUCAUCCUCGACGGUGGUUCCUGUGGUGUCGGAGUUGAGAGUACAGUCAUCGACGGACUGUCCGACCCCCCUGCUAUUCUUCGACCGGGCGGUAUUGGGAUUGAGGAGCUACGGGAAUGCGCUGGGUGGGAGAAUGUGCAGAUCGGAUACCAUGAUGGCACGCUUGAUGUGAAGGAGGUCCCUCGCGCACCGGGGAUGAAAUACCGACACUACUCGCCCAAGGCGCGGGUGGUGCUUUUCGAGGCCGGUUCGGAUGAGCAAUGCGUCGCGAAGCAUAUCCGCAAGGACCUGGAAGAUUCGGCGGUCGGUGCGCAUAUGGUCGGAGUGGUGCGCACGCGAAACUGGAAGCGAGGCAUGGGGCUGCUGUCGGAAGAUGAAAUGCAAAAGACUUUGAAGCACAUCCCAUCUCUCGUGAACGAGCUGGUGGGGUUCUCUGUUCCGGUGAGCGACCAGGUCAACGGCCGCACUAGUACCAAGGAAACGUUCGACUGCCAUCUGGGCACGGAUAUCAAGUCUAUUGCGCAGGGCUUGUUCUCCGCGCUACGGGCCAUGGAUGAAAUGGAGGUAGACGUCAUCUACGUCGAGGGAGUGCCUGACCAGCAUGGCGAUCUGGCGGCUGCGGUCAUGAACCGGCUGCGCAAAGCCGCCGGAGCAGAACUGCGGGUAUAAUAAUCACCGUAAACUAUAGAUUGCAUCUUGGCUAGAUAUCUUGGGAUUUUGCGUUGGCUAGAAGUUAUAAAAUUUUCGGUUAUGAUAGCAUGAAUAACAGCAAUUAGAGUAUUCCAUUU